AUGACACCUACGGAAAGCAACGGACAAUCUUCUGAAGUAAACGUGAUAUGGCAACACAAUAGAAGGCUUCUACUUGAGUGUCUUGAUGCUUUCGAAGGCGAGAAGACAGUUAUUUGGGACAGAAGUUUGAUGCAACGAGCCAAUUUGUUUGCUGGUCCAUCUGUUUUGAGAAAUCACGGUGUAGUUAAUAACGUUGCUCUUGACCAAUUUCGUACACCAGACACCCCAUACGCCAUCUUUUUUCUUGCUCCAACACUAAUAGCACUAGAUGGAUUGUGUGCAUAUAUCGACAGAGUGAAGCGAGACACGAAGACCCUGUUCGUGGUGUUUUUCAUUCCCGAGACGUGGUAUGUAGUUCGAGAGAAACUUAAAGAAUUGAACGACGGGAAGUACUGGGAGCGCCUUGAGUCUGUACGUGAGUUACCGCUUACAUGGCUCCCGCGUGAUGGUGAUGCCUUAUCAUUGUCGGAUCGUGAACUGCCGUCCAGAUUGUUGAUUAGCGGUGAUUGGACACAUCUACACCGUUGUGCUGUGGCAAUACAUCAGCUGAUUGCAUUGUGUUCACAAACGAUUCCAAUCUAUAGUCGUGGAAAGUGGGCGCAAGAUAUUUCACGAAUGGUGUACAAGAUGGGACCCUAUAAUGGAGAGCCAAUUUCUCCUACGCUGCGUUUGAAUCGACUGGUGAUCAUCGACCGUUGGGUUGAUCCCCUUACUCCUUUCCUGCAUCAGUUAACAUACGGUGGAAUUCUUGACGAGAUGUACGGUAUAAGUAUGGUUGGAUCGAUUAAGGUGCCAUUAGCCGAGUUCGAGAGCAACAACGAAAUUGACCCAUCCGAGGUGAAGGAGAUAUACCUUAAUGACGAGUUAUUUUGUCGACUGAAACAUGUCCACAUCAACGCUAUCGGUUUUGAGUUGGCGAAAAUUUUAAGUGAAAUCAAAGAGGAUGAACAAAUUGAUCGCGACCGUAUGUCUGUGGCUGAAUAUCAAGUGCUGGUAAAGAAGAUGCCAAAAAUACUACACCGUAAGAAACUAUGUGGUGUGCAUAUGCGCCUGGCAGAAAUGGCUCGUUCACACCUCUAUGAAGUCUUUGCCGACUACAUCCGCGUGGAGAAAGAAUUGCUUGAGUCGGCAGACAACGACAAAAUCCAUCCAUUCAUCGAAGAGUAUAUCAUUGCUGGAGAUGACAUGUACGUAGCCCUUCGUCUAGUGACCGUACACGCUCUUACUGCUAACGGACUUAAACCGGGAACCCUUCAGCAGUAUAGACGUAUGAUAGUUCAGUCAUUCGGUACUGAAGCACUUAACAAGCUGCUGAAACUGCAGAAGAUGGGUGUGAUUCGUGAGCGAGGUGGAUCCGGAAAGUUGGCAGCUGACUAUGCUUCUCCAUUGUUUCCACACAUGAAGAAGCAAUACGAUCUGCUUCCAGAGAACAUUUCUGAGACAAAUACACACGACGCUGCCUACGCUUACAGCGGCUACGCACCAUUAAUCGUUCGAAUUCUUGAAGAAGGCGAUCGGGUACGAUGGACAGGCUGGAAUAAAACGUUUGAAGGACAUGUGAGAGGUGAUGAUCGAACGGCGGUGUUCGUGGUUGGUGGUGCGACACGUGCCGAACUGGCCGCUAUCAAUCUUAUGCCGAAUGUUUGUCUCGUUGCUACCUCGUCUGUUAUUACUGGUAACCGAUUGCUUGAUAGUAUCACACAGAUCUGA